AAAGUAAACAACACUGGACAAGAUUCCUCAAGCCUCUCUGGCUAAUCUUUUCUUUUCCCUCUGAUAUACUCUCACAUUUUCUAACAUUUUUUUAAUUUUAAUUUUAUAAAUUAUACUUUUCUAUUGAGCUUUGUAAUAUUAAAUAAAUAUUUGUUGUAAAUAAUAGGGAAUCUAAUAGAGCACAAACUAUAUAUAAUUACUACCAAAUCAGUACUAAAACUCCAUUUGAUCUCUCUGGCUUUUUGGUGUUUUGAGAAAUGCUGAAGCUGUUUAGGGUUUACCAGCUCGUCUCCACCUUCCUCUUGUUGGUCUCCCUCUUCCUCUUCGUCUUCACUGAGUAGCAUAUGAAGUUUUAUCAAUUGCCUAGUUACUGCUGACGUUCCAAUUAUUUGUUUCAGUAUAGAACUACCCAAAAGAUGGCUGCCGAGCUUGUCAAUUCUGCAACAAGUGAGAAACUUUCUGAAAUGGAUUGGAUGAAGAAUAUUCAAAUCUGUGAGUUAGUUGCUCGUGAUCAUAGGCAAGCUAGAGAUGUCAUUAAAGCUAUCAAAAAACGACUGGGGAGUAAACAUGCAAAUUCUCAACUUUAUGCAGUUAUGUUGUUGGAGAUGUUGAUGAACAAUAUAGGAGAACAUAUUCAUAAGCAGGUGAUUGAUACUGGGCUUCUUCCUAGCCUAGUCAAGAUAGUCAAGAAAAAGUCAGACUUGCCAGUGCGAGAACGCAUAUUUCUACUUCUAGAUGCCACUCAGACAUCCCUUGGUGGUGCUUCUGGAAAAUUCCCCCAGUAUUAUACUGCUUAUUAUGAUUUGGUGAGUGCUGGACUAGAGUUCCCUCAAAGGCCUCAUCUGGUGCCUCCGAAUCCCUCACCACAAUCAACUAAGAGUAAUUUGCCUAACGGGGAAUUAGCAUCAUCUAUACCUGAAGGGUUUGCUCCACAAGCGGAGCCACAUAUUGUUCCUGAAUCUAGUAUUAUUCAGAAGGCAAGUAAUGCAUUGGAGGUCUUGAGAGAAGUGCUUGAUGCUGUUGAUGGUCAGCGUCCUGAGGCAGCAAAAGAUGAGUUCACACUUGAUCUUGUGGAACAAUGUUCAUUCCAAAAGCAAAAAGUUAUGCAUCUAGUGAUGACUUCUCGGGAUGAGAAGGCAGUUUCUCGAGCUAUUGAAUUAAAUGAGCAGCUCCAGAAGGUUCUUGCAAGACAUGAUGCCCUUCUUUCUUGUAAGCCUACAUCAACUGUGAACCAUCUUAACCAAGAUCAGGCAGAGGAGGAAGAGGAGGCUGAACAGCUUUUCCGAAGGCUACGGAAAGGAAAAGCAUGUGUGAGACCUGAGGAUGAAGAGCAAUCAGCUGAGCGCCCUCAUUUGGGCUUGCUUGGAUCAUCCCAGCCAGGAGAAAGGCUUAACCGUCCACUUAUACGACCACUUUGUUUGGAGCCACCGCAGGAAUCAAAUGGGCAUCUUCCACCUGUUGCAAUUCCACCCCCACCUGCAAAACACAUUGAGAGGGAAAAGUACUUUCAGGAAACCAAGAUGGACGGUUCUGGUUUGGCUGGCCACGUGAGGGGUCUGUCAUUACAUAGUCGCAAUGCCAGUAGCUCUCGCAGUGGAAGCAUGGAUUUCAGUGAUUGACUGCUGUACUAGAGGGGCCUCUCUUGUAUGUUUAGGUUUUUUCCGUUCUUUAUUAGUAGCUGAUAUAGUGAUGGUUUCUAAUUUGGUAGUGUUGGUGUCGUGGAAAGUUGGAGGAUGUGGCAGAUGGAGCUUCUGCCAUAUUUUAUCUCAUCUCAUGUUUUCAUAUAUAAUCUUGUCUUCGGACCUCAGGUUUGUGUUUUUAAGCUGACUGUUUUUAUAUAUGGGAGGGUUGUAAAGAGAUUUGAAUAUUUUAAUUUUAUUCAAUUUAUUUAGCUUAUAUGC